AUGAUGAUCCGAGCUUACAAAGCGCUGAUUGCCAUUGUGGCUCCUAUCUUAGUGCUCGGUCUCUUGCUUUCAAGCAAACGUCGUCGUGUGGCAAUACCCGUUGAGCAGCCAGUGGACAACCCGAAACCUGACAACAAUGCUCCCGCUUCACAAUCACUCGACCCCCCCAACGAGGGUAUAGCCAAUGUUGAUAUCCUGGCGCCUUCUCAUCUGCUCACGAUUGACGACGACGGCCAGCCGGUGAUCGACACGUCAGCAUACCGUAUCCUGCACUCCAACUCGACAGCAACCGGAACCUACUUUCCCAUCCACCUGGGAGGAAGCGCAGGCUUCAAUCCGACCAUUAUACCUCAUCCCACGAAGUUUGAUGCGUGGAUUGUUAUUGUGCAGCAAAUCCCGAACAAGAGUCCGGUUGGCCACUCUUUGCCGCUGAUCUGUAACGCCGGAUUCAUGAAUGAUGUACUCAUUUGUAUGGCUGAGCCUGCUGUUCUCCCUGUGAAAGCAACCCGAGGCAACUGUGAGGACGAGCUUGCGCACUUCAAUUUCGAAUAUGGUCCACGGGAUGCUCGCUUGUUCUAUGGCCCCGUGGCGCCUUACCUUAAUGCUGUGGACGACUACCGCAUCGAGGCCGUCCUGGCCAAAGAUUUCACUGAGCCAACCGAGUUGCAACGUCCGCCACCAUACAAGGGCGUCGAGAAGAACUUUUUCGUCUUCUGGGAUACUGUCGGCAACAUCCACGCGCACAGUGAGAUCGUUCCCCAGAGAGUGUUUUCAAGGAUUGGGCCCGAUGGCUCGAGCGGACCUGAUCUUGCCCCGGUGACUGUCGACAAUGAUUCAAGGUGUAUGGCUCGGUAUAUGCCUCCUGCCAUGCUUGAUACCUCUGCGGUCCAACAAGCUACCAACUCUUUGGCCAUCACGUUGUGCAUGCGAUCGGAUCCUGACUGCAUGCCGACGGACAAGAACACGUUCAUUCUGGCACUGUUUCACUACAAGACCAACUUCGACGGCCACGGCGUCUACGAGCCGUAUGCGAUGCUGUUCCAGCAGUCGGAGCCCUUUGCCUUGCAUGGUAUAUCAGCAAAGCCAUUCUGGAUUUCGGGGAGAUCCAAGUUCUCAAGGCUCAGCGGCAAUGUCCACUGGCAGGACAGCGAUGCGCUUCCUGAGAACCACUCUGAAAUGUUCUACAUUAGGAGCAUCAACUGGAGAGCACACGGGCAAAAGUAUCACGGGUACAUGGACGAUAUUCUUUUCCUCGCUUUUGGGAUUGAGCAGUCUCGGUCGGGAGCCAUUGAUGUUGUUGCGGCUGACUUGCUGCAGGACUUGGGGCUAUGCUCCGAGCUGAAGUGA